AUGGUGUCCCCAGCCAUCGCUCUGGCCUUCGUGCCGCUGCUGCUGACGCUGCUGCUGCGUUACCGGCACCACGUGCUGCUGCUGUACCGCGCCGUGGUGCUGAGCUGGCUGCGGGACCGGCUGAGCGGCGUGUCCCGGGAGCAACGAGCCUUCCAGUACGUGCUGAGCCACGGCAUCCCCGGCGACCCCGGCCACAUCCUGCUCACCUUCGACCGCUGGAGCUACCACUGCGAGCACCUCAGCGGCGUGGGGCCCGUCAAAGGCAGGAUCGUGGAGCGGCUGGUGCGGGAGCGCGCCCCGCGGCGGGUGCUGGAGCUGGGCACGUACUGCGGCUACGGCACGGUGCUGCUGGCACGGGCGCUGCCGCCCGGCGCCCGCCUCUGCACCGUGGAGGACAACCCGCGGCACGCCGCCGUGGCCAGCAAGGUCAUCCGCAUGGCCGGCUUCGACGAGCGCACCGUGCAGCUGAUCGUGGGUCCGUCGGCCGAGGUGAUCCCGCAGCUGCGGCGCCGGCACCGCCUGGCCCAGGCGGAUUUCGUGUUCAUGGACCACUGGAAGCGCCGCUACGUGCGGGACCUGCGGCUGCUGGAGCGGCUGCGGCUGCUGGCGCCGGGCGCCACGGUGCUGGCCGACCAUGUGCUGUUCCCCGGGGCGCCGCGGUUCCUGCAGUACGCGCGGAGCUGCGGCCGCUUCCACACGCGCCUGCACCGCGCCAGCCUCGAGUACUGCCCCGGCAUCCCCGACGGGCUGGCGGAGCUGCGCUACACCGGCCCAGCCCAGCACAGCCCGGAGCUGUAUCCUUGA